AUGAGCAUACGCGGCCUUCUCAGCCAGGAUGUCGACCUCGAGUUCCUGUUCCGCCUAUCACGUGUCCUCGGCACCCUCGUCGUCAUUUUGGCCGGGUGCUACUUCGUCUUCCGCUACACUUACCUCACCGGCUAUUCCAAGGAAACAAAGCCUCAAGAGGGUAACGGGCCCAUGGCUAAGCCCACAGCUAAACCAAUGAACGUGGGACCAAAGAAGCUGCGGAUAAAGCGCACGCUGAACUACUUGGACGAAUUUUUGGCCGCAAUCAAGGUGUUCGGCUACCUUGAGCCGCCGGUGUUCCACGAGCUCACCAAGAACAUGACCACCCAGAAAUUGGGCGAAGACGAAGUGCUAUACCUUGACGAGCAAGUGGGGUUCUCCAUUGUUGUUGAUGGCGUCCUCCAAGUGUAUACCCAGGCGCCUAAUCUCGAUGAUAUCGCUUAUGAGGAGGACGAGGUGGUCACGGUGGGGAACCAGCGGUACCAGUUACUCAACGAAGUAAAACAAGGGGCGACGCUUUCUCCCUUAGUGAGUACGUUGGACUUGUUCCAAACGCAAUCGACGACGCCAGGGUUCCCGUUUCCUAUGGCUCCUCCCUCGCCUGGAUUAGCCGCCUCGCCCGACCUUGGUCCGACGCUGCUGCUCCCAAAAUACGUGGCUAAGGCACGAACCAAACACCACCACACUUCGGCCACCAUUGCCAUUAUUCCCAGACUGGCAUUUGUCCGGAUCCAGACGCUCUACCCGAAAGCGACCUCCCAUAUCGUCACCAUGGUGCUCACACGGCUCUAUAAAGUGACGAUGCUGACGAUACACAACUACCUAGGGCUUACACGAGAGAUUAUGGACGCUGAGAUUAGGCUUAAUAGCCGCUUAAGCGACCAGAGAGUGCUCCCGCUGUACUUAUACCUGGGGCUUGUGGAACGGCUUGCCACUAAUGACGACCACCGCUUCGUGCCCACACGCACGCAAAAGCCACCGGUACCGGCGCCAUUGCUCAGACAGCUGCUGAAGUACGUGGUGUUGGAUCUGAGCCGUGAUAAGUCGCUGUUUCUGGGGGAUUUGCUUAGUGCGGUGCCGCUCCUGUUGAAACCGGAAAUGACGGCACCGAAACGCCGGGGACUGGUGGGACUGCUCCCACCGCUGGAGGCCAGCCUGGCCCUUAGACUUGAAGACCUCCACAAGGGUUAUUUCGGUAGUGACGACGAGACCGAGGAAAGGGCGUUUAAGUGGGCGGUGGUCGACGCCAUUUUCGACCGGUUGGGCGUCACCAGGGAAACCUUGACUAAGCCGCGUGACUACCUGAGCUCGCAGACGCUGCUGCGGAGCUCGCUGGUGUUUGACUUGGCGCUGACGUCGCUGAUGGACACCCCCACCACCGUAUACCCCACGGGGUAUUUGCGCAGCAAGUUUGAGGAGAAGCCGUUGCCGCAGCCCGAAGAGUUCUCCGAGGAUAAGUGGCGCAAGAUGAGACAGAAGUGGGCCGAACACCUCCAGAUCAAGUACGUGGCCCCUGAGAAAGUGUUGGUGAAGCAAGAUUCGUUCGACACGGGGUUAUACUAUGUCAUUGAUGGUAAAGUCGAUAUUGUCCAGGAAGGACAGACCACGACGCUGUACCACAACAAGCGCAAAGUGCUUUAUAGUGUCAACGCCGGCGGGUUAGCGGGCUAUAUCUCCAUUGUGGUUGGCUUCAGACUGAUGGUUACCAUCCAAACGGGUAGCGAAGGCGCUUUGGUGGCCCUGAUCUCCAGAGAAAACUACUUCAAGUUGAUGGAUAAGUACUACAUGCUCCAACUACCCGUGGCCAUGAAGCUCAAGCUGUUGCUUCUGGCCAACUUUUUGACCAUAGACUACGCCCUCGAGUGGUGCCAUAUCCCUGCUGGCCAGUACCUUUGCACUGAGGGCGACAUUGCCAACGGGUUCCACGUGGUUUUAUCCGGCCGGUUCCGCGUCACUAAGCUGCGUGACGAAGGCCAGGCCGAAGUGAUAGGCGAAUACGGCCACGGCGAGCUGAUUGGCGAGGUCGAAGUGCUCACUAAGAGCCGGCGCACGGCGUCGUUGGUGGCAGUGCGUGACCUGGAGACGGCGAGAAUCCCCAGAACCUUAUUUGAGAUCAUUCUGGUGGUGCACCCGUCGAUCAUGGUGAAAGUGCUGCGGAUCGUCGCCCAGAAGCUGCUCAACCUGGAAAAGCAGAUCGAGAUCGACGCCUUCUCCAACACCACCGCCACCAUAUCCUGCGACUACAAGACGAUCACCAUCAUGCCGACGACGCUGGGGAUCCCCGUGCUGCAGUUUGCCGAUAAGCUUGUUGCCAGUCUUAAGGCGAUCGGCCGCCACGUCAUCGCCCUCGACCAGGCACUCGCCUUGACCCAGCUUGGUCGCCACGCGUUUGACGAGCGUCUCGCCGAGCUUAAGCUUUCAGGGUACUUCGCCUACCUUGAAGAGGAGUACGACCACGUCGUCUACGUGUGUGAUCUGACCCUCAAAUCGAACUGGACCCACACUUGUAUUCUGCAAGGCGACUGUAUUCUCCUCAUUGCUGACGCCGACGACGACUAUACCGCUGCCAAUAUUGGCGAGUACGAGCGGGCACUCCUCAACAUGAAGACCACCGCUCGCGCCGACCUCUGUCUUUUGCACCCAGAAAAGUACGUGGCGCCAGGACACACUCAGAAAUGGCUUAAACCGCGCCACUGGGUGACCAACCACCACCACAUCCACAUGGUGAUUCCCGUGCGCCCCUCGAAGAAGAAACAGAAGCUGGUGAUCGGCGAGUUUGCCGUGAAACUCAGCCGACGCAACGCCCUUGAGCUGGUGAAGCUUAAAGCGAUCAACUCGUUUGCCAAGUUUAAGGGUAUCACCACUCCUACCGAGCCGUUUAUUGCUCCUGGAACUGCCUCCCACAAGGACGACUUCAUGAGAUUAGCACGUAUCCUUGCCAACGAAGCCGUGGGGUUAGUGCUUGGCGGUGGUGGUGCUCGUGGUAUCAGUCAUGUCGGUGUGGUCACCGCUCUCGAAAAACAUGGCAUUCCCGUGGAUAUGAUUGGCGGUACCCUGAUUGGGUCGUUUGUCGGUGGUCUCUACGCUAAGGACUACGACGCGGUGCUGAUCUACGGGCGGUGCAAGCAGUUUUCGCGGCGGAUCCUGGCGUUGUGGCGGAUGGCGUUAGACCUCACCUACCCGGUAACCCUGUACACUACUGGCUACGAGUUCAACCGGGGGAUCUGGAAGAUCUUCGGCAACUACAAGAUCGAGGACUUCUGGCUCAGCUACUUCUGCAACCUGACCAACAUCACCAACUCGACGAUGGACAUCCACGAGGACGGGUACUCGUGGCGGUUCAUCCGGGCGCUGAUGUCUUUGGCAGGCCUUUUGCCUCCGAUCGCUUACAAAGGGUGUAUGUUGCUUGAUGGUGGCUACUUGGAUAACUUGCCGGUGAUGGAGAUGAAGAAAAAAGGAGCCAAACACAUUAUUGCCGUCGACGUGGGCUCAGUGGACGACCGCACUCCUCAGAACUAUGGUGACACCUUGCUGGGGUUCUGGGUGAUCUUAAACCGGUGGAACCCGUUCUCCAAGUACCCCAACGUCCCUAACAUGGCCGACAUUCAGUUGCGGUUGGCGUACGUGGCCUCGGUGCGGGCGCUAGAGUUGGCCAAACACAGCGCCGGCGUCAUCUACUUGCGCCCGCCGAUCGAGGACUUUGCCACGUUGGAUUUCGGCAAGUUCGAGGAGAUUUAUCACCUUGGUCGUAACUAUGCUGAGGAAACGCUUCUGGAGUUGGAGAGGUCGGGCCAGUUGCCUCGCAUCGUCACCAAGGUACCUCUGGCCGCUUCAGGAGAGCGGACCCCACUCCAACGACGCAAUCUGGUAUAG